AUGGACAAGUGUGAAAAAUGGGAUAUUGUUAAAAAACAAGACAGAAUGCCAAAGAGUCAUGGAUGGGAGGCAUGGAUUAGGGAUAGGGCCAGGGAUAGAGACAAGAUCAGGAUUAGGGAUAGAGACAAGAUCAGGAUUAGGGAUAGAGACAAGAUCAGGAUUAGGGAUAGAGACAAGAUCAGGAUUAGGGAUAGAGACAAGAUCAGGAUUAGGGAUAGAGACAAGAUCAGGAUUAGGGAUAGAGACAAGAUCAGGAUUAGGGAUAGAGACAAGAUCAGGAUUAGGGAUAGAGACAAGAUCAGGAUUAGGGAUAGAGACAAGAUCAGGAUUAGGGAUACAGACAAGAUCAGGAUUAGGGAUAGAGACAAGAUCAGGAUUAGGGAUAGGGCCAGAGAUAGAGACAAGAUCAGGAUUAGGGAUAGAGACAAGAUCAGGAUUAGGGAUACAGACAAGAUCAGGAUUAGGGAUAGAGACAAGAUCAGGAUUAGGGAUACAGACAAGAUCAGGAUUAGGGAUAGAGACAAGAUCAGGAUUAGGGAUACAGACAAGAUCAGGAUUAGGGAUAGAGACAAGAUCAGGAUUAGGGAUAGAGACAAGAUCAGGAUUAGGGAUAGAGACAAGAUCAGGAUUAGGGAUAGAGACAAGAUCAGGAUUAGGGAUACAGACAAGAUCAGGAUUAGGGAUAGAGACAAGAUCAGGAUUAGGGAUAGGGCCAGAGAUAAGGUCAACAUUUGA